UUACCUUUUUCAUAGAUGAAUUAUCAUGACCACCCACAGGAAAGAAAUCUAACUCUACAGAAGGAAUUUGUGCUGUUGGAUUUUGCUGAUGUACCCCAUCUCCAAUGGUUUCUUUUUGGAUUAUUUUUAAUCAUCUAUAUUAUCAUCUUGUUAAGUAAUGGCACCAUAUUUCUCUUAACAAAAAUAGAUCCUGCUCUCCAGAGUCCGAUGUACUUUUUCCUGGCAAAUUUUUCUUUCUUGGAAAUUUGGUAUGUUUCCGUCACUCUCCCCAGAAUGCUGAUGAAUCUUGCCACCCAGAGAAGAAGAAUCUCCCUGGUUGCCUGUGCGACACAGAUGUGUUUUUUCUUUAUACUUGGAACCACCGAGUGUUUGCUCUUGGCAGUGAUGGCCUAUGACCGCUAUGUGGCCAUCUGUAACCCUCUGCACUAUCCUAUGGUCAUGAACCACAGGGUUUGUAUUCAGCUGGUGGCUGGCGCCUGGCUUUCUGGAAUGCCAUUUCAGAUUGGGCAAACUUAUCAGAUUUUCUCUCUACCGUUUUGUGGUUCUAAUCUAGUCAAUCACUUCUUCUGUGACAUUCCCCCUAUUCUCAAGCUGGGUUGUGGUGAUACUUUUAUAAAUGAGAUCUUGGAAUUUACGAUCACUGUGUUAUUUGUCCUACUUCCAUUUCUGCUGAUACUUGGCUCCUAUAGUAAAAUCAUCUCCACCAUCCUGAAGCUGCCAUCAGCCACAAGCCGUUCCAAAGCUUUCUCUACGUGCUCAUCUCACCUGAUGGUUGUGGUGCUAUUCUAUGGAUCAGCCACAACUGCAUACUUAAGACCCAAGACAGGUCAACCAGAAGGAACUGACAAAGUGCUUUCUCUCUUCUACACUAUCUUGACUCCUAUGUUUAAUCCCGUGAUAUAUAGUCUAAGAAACAAGGAUGUCAUUGUGGCAUUGAGAAAAUUGCUAUGUAAAUAA